AUGGUGGUGCCAAACGUUCCAGUGGGUUAUAUUUUUUACCCAACAGAGAGAGUUGAUGUACUAUCUUUUGCGCAAGGCCAUAGGGCAGGAGAGUUGAUGUUCUAUCUUUUGUGCAAGGCCAUGGGGCAGCCAUUGCAGUGCAACGAUGCUGUGACCGAGUGUGAUCUUUAUGGUCAAGUCAAGCCGAUGGAUCUACUUGCGGGAUCUAAAGAGGAAGUUGUUUACGUUUUCACCAAGUUGAAGAAGAAGAGUGAGAAUAGCAGUCAAAUAGAACGCAAGGUGGUGGAGAAGGGUACAUGGAGCAGUGUCGAUAACAAGAAGCCUGUGAAAUUCAAGGAUUAUGUGCUUUGUCGCAUCAAGAAGAAAAAACUUCCGGAAAGGCGUCUCUCAAAGGAGAACUUGGAAGAACCAACAGAAAAUUACCAGUCAGCCAUGUUAAUCGCUGCUGGAGAUGAUUUUGAAGUUGCUCCAUUGCCAUACCACGAAUCGAUUCAGUCGGUCCCCUUGUUGUUGCCCCAGAAUGAAGGAUACCAGCUUCAACAAUACACAACCAAUAAGAACAUCUUAGUUGCAGCAUCCAUGUCACAAUCUGAAGAAGCUUUGGCCGCACAAUCUGGAAGCAGUAGCCAAACAAUCCAGUGGAAUUAA